AUGGAGCGUUUUAUUUCAAUGAUACAUGUUUCCAACACCACUGCUAUUUCAUUGAAAACAGCUAUUGAUAAAUUAUUUGCUAAGCAUGGGUUGAGCAUCACAAGGUUGCGUGGGCAAGGAUAUGAUGGUGCCAGUAAUAUGCAAAGUGAGUACAAUGGAUUGAAAUCGUUAAUUUUGAAAGAGAACAAGAGUGCAUAUUAUAUACAUUGUUUCGCACAUCAACUUCAGUUAGCUCUUCUUCAUGUUGUCGAGGAUAUUCCAGAAAUUGCUGCAUUUUUCACUCUAGGUUCAAGAGCAACAAAAACUGUAGGAGCUUCAUGCAAGCUUCGUGAUAAUUUGCGAGCAAAAGAAGUUGAGAGAAUACAAAGAUUACUUGAGACUGGUGAAUUAUCAACUGGUCAAGGUCUUAAUCAGGAAAUCGGCGUCAAACGACCUUGUGAUACACGUUGGAGUUCACAUUAUGGUACGCUUGUGAAUUUAACAAUCAUGUUUUCUUCUGUCAUUGAAGUUCUUGAUGAGGUUAUGGAAGAUGCUACUAGUUCUAAAGAAAAGGGUGAUGCCUUAGUUUUACUAAAUAGUUCGCGUUCUUUCGAUUUUGUCUUCAACUUGCAUCUUAUAUACUAA